AUGGAUUCUCAAAGGGAUGAGCGUGAGAUGCAGUUCGGUAUAAUGACUCUAUGCAUCCAUGCCAUUCUUCCAUCAUAUUUUGCAUAUCAACAAAUUUCACAAUAUGUGAGCACCAUUUGGCAUAACCGAAAGCAUUUCCCCUACUCAACGGAGUACAGUAAGAGUUCCCCUAAAACGCAGGAUAAUGAAAAACAGUUGCCUUGUGCAACGCAUCUUAAUAGAAGGGUGUACACUUCGUUGACCGAGGCUCCUCAGAACCUCAAGGAGGCCAUUGACUGGUUGAUAGCCCUGAAGGGAACUGAUCCGGAAAAGAACUUCAAGGCUAUGGGUGCGGCACUUCACAAAUUUCUAGCAGACAAGCCCGUUGGAUUCACGGAGGUGCCAGCUCUCGAGAAGGUAAAGAGUAUUUCUAAGGAGUUCAUGGAGAAACGGGAGCUUAAGGAGCAGCCAUUCGUAAGACAGCUGUUAAGGAGAUUCAACAAGAAGAGGAAUGAAAAUAUCACCUUGUUAGACAGGUGGUUCGAAUCUAUAGCCGAAAGCGAUUAUGCUAACGUCGUAGAGGCAAGAGGUGUCACCGCUAAAACCAUUGGAGAGAAAUUAAGUAAAGCCGUAGAUGGUUGUGAAAAGUUCCUGGAAAAUAUCAAAAACCCCGACCAAUAUGAGUCUGCCUACAGUCCAGAGGCUACGUGGGAGGCUUCAUGCUCUAAGGACCCGGAAGCUUGCGCAGUGAUCCUCGUGGGGAUUGCGCCAAUGUUGUACACGGGUCUACGUUCUUUGAAGCAUGCGAGCGCAGAUGGUCUGAACCGUGUGUGGCUAGCUAGUUAUGGGGAGUUGCAAUUGGGAGAAGUAAUGAAAGCUGUUGGGUACAAGCAGCCUGAAUGCGGCGCUAGUAUGAGUCGUUCAGAUGUUUUCAAGGCGUUGCAAAGUGUGAAAUAUGACAUGUUGACCAUAUUCUACGACCUCUCUGGAUUCUGGGCUUUCUAUAGGUUUGAUAAAGCAGGGGAUCUUAAAAUUGAACAAUCUUUAGAACCUGAACAACCUGCAGAAGCUAAACAUCCUGCGGGAGCUGUAGGACUUGAAGGAGAUGUUGAACCUGAGGAAGGCGCGAAAUAUGUAGAAUAUGAAGAAGGCGUGGAAGCUGAAGGAGUUGAAGAACCUGAAAAUUGGUAG